AUGUGGCCUACCGCCUACCGAGAAAGAGAUGGACUGGAUGCAACGGGUAAACGGCCCGCCGACCCUCGGGGACCGCAACCUAAUCCGAACGCCGCGACUGCGACGUCGAGCGGAGGGGCCUGGCGGGCGGCCGAGGCCUGGCGGGCACGCCCGGGCAGAGACCGACCACAGGCGGCCUUCCUCGGGGCUUGCGGCAGGGCGCCAGGCAGCGCGGUCGGGCAGCUGGCGGGACGMGAGCACCGGAAGCGGCGCCGCCCACUUGGGGCGCUGCGGACACGCGCGCAAGGCCGCCUCCGGACGCAAACAAAAAGGGGCGCGGGGAAGGGGACGGACGCGCACAGCAGCGCGAGCCAGGGCCGCCGCCCGCACGCCUGCCGGCCGCCGCCCCCGGUUCAGGACCCCGCGGCAGCGCGCAUCCCGCGUCCCCAGGUGCGUAUCCAGCCUCGCCGCCGCCGCGGAGCGCGCGCCCGCCUCAGUCCCGCUCCCGAAGGCGGGGGAGGUCAGCGCACGGCGGGCGCGAGCCCUCGGCCGCCCCGGCCCCCAGGCGCGCCCCGAACCCCAUCCCCGCAGGCAGGCCGGGAGUGGGGGUGGGGCGGGAGCCCUGCGGCGGGGACGCGGCCGCACGCACGCACGCACGCAGCGCGCGGCCCUCUCCCCUCUGAUUGGCUGGGCGAGGGCGGGGGUGGGGGUAGAGACUCGCCAGGCCGCGGUGCGCGCGAGGUCACGCUCCGCCUGGCGUACGAGRGGCGCCUGCGCUGCGUGCCGACGCGCCUGAUUGGCCGGAUGGGGAGGCGGGGCCGUCGUCGUUGCUCGGGCUCCGCCCCUGGCGUCAGUUGCUCCCAGGUGGUUUUGUCUGGGUCUGCUGCGCGCCGGGCGACCGGGGAGCUGGUUGACGGCCGCGAGCCUGGGCCGACCCGGGAAGGGAAAGGCUCAAGCCAGGAGCGGUUCCGGCUUCGAGUUUCAGGGGGACAGAAGCCUCCGGGGCUGUGUUGUCCGCUCCAAGCCCAUGCUCUCCUGACACCCUGCCCGGAUGAGGAGUGGGAGACCCCGCUGGGUCAGUGUGGCAGCAGGGCUGGCUCUGGGGCCGCCGUGGACGCAGGCUCACAUCAGCGACAACUGGUGGUCAGGCUGUGGCGUCUAGCAGCCCAGGACCUGCGAGGCCACCAGCCAAGCCUCGUGGAGGAGCCGAGUGAGGCGAAGCCCCCCCGCCCUGCCCGCGGGCCACAGGCGUCCCCAGGAGAAGCAGAGACGCUCAGGAAAGCAGUCGGGGACCACUUCUGCCUCUGUUACGGGAAGGCGCUGGGGACCACGGCGAUGGUGCCCGUCCCCUAUGAGCAGAUGCUGCGCGACCAGGCGGCUGUGGAGGUGCAGGGCCUCCCAGAGGGGCUYGCCUUUCAGCACCCCGAGAAUUAUGACCUCGCCACCCUCAAGCGCAUCCUGGAGGACAGAGCGGGGAUCUCGUUCGUCAUACACAGACCUUUCCUAGGUCCCGAGAGCCAGCUGGGUGCCCAUGGGACGGUAGCAGACUCUGAGAGAGCAGUACUGUCACCAAAGGAAAGCUGUGGUGCCAUCAGCGUGAAAACCGAACCCAUGGACGAUUCUGGGAUUUCCCUGAAGACAGAAGCUGUGUCCGUCAAGAAGGAGUCGGAGGACCCCUGCUACUGCCAGCACCGAGUGCCAGAAGGAGACUGUUCUUCCACAAGCAAUGAAGAAAUGGAAACGGAAUUACCAAUGGAAGAGUCUGCCCARCUGGUCUGUGCAGACACAAAUGAGGACCCCAAAGGCCACGUGAAGGUCGAAGGAAACACAAAUUCAUUCAGUAUUACAAAUUCUGCAGCUGGUGUUGAAGAUCUUAAGAUUGUACAGGUGGCAAUUCCAGAUARCGAGAAAGAAAAAUUAUCAAACAUUGAAAAGACUAAACAGCUACGAGAACAAGUCAAUGACCUCUUUAGCCGAAAAUUUGGUGAAGCGAUUGGYGUGGACUUCCCUGUGAAAGUUCCCUACAGGAAAAUCACCUUCAACCCGGGCUGCGUGGUGAUCGACGGCAUGCCCCCGGGUGUGGUGUUCAAAGCCCCCGGCUACCUGGAGAUCACCUCCAUGAGAAGGAUCCUGGAGGCUGCAGACUUCAUCAAAUUCACAGUCAUUAGACCGCUUCCAGGCCUCGAGCUCAGCAAUGUGGGAAAGCGGAAGAUCGACCAGGAGGGCCGCGUGUUCCAGGAGAAGUGGGAGCGCGCCUACUUCUUUGUGGAGGAGCAGAGCAUCCCCACGUGCCUCAUCUGUAAGCAGAGCAUGUCGGUGUCCAAGGAGUACAACCUGCGGCGACACUACCAGACCAACCACAGCAAGCACUACGACCAGUACACGGAGCACAUGCGUGACCAAAAGCUCCGCGAGCUCAAGAGGGGGCUGCGCAGAUACCUCCUGGGCUCCCCCGAGGCCGGCGCCACUGAGCAGAAGCAGGUGCUGCCCAGCGCAGGGCGCCUCGACAGUGCGACCGAGCAGCCUGCUGAGGACGUGGCCGGCAGCUUGUGGGAGAAGCUGCGUGAGAAGCUGCGCUCGUUCGUGGCCUACUCCCUGGCCAUCGACGAGAUCACGGACAUCAACAACACCACRCAGCUGGCCAUCUUCAUCCGCGGGGUGGAUGCGGGCUUUGACGUGUCGGAGGAGCUCCUGGAUACGGUGCCCUUGACGGGUACCAAGUCCGCCAAUGAGAUCUUCUCACGCGUGGAGAAGAGUCUCAAGAAGUUCAACAUUGACUGGUCGAAACUAGUGAGCGUGGCCUCCACGGGCACCCCCGCCAUGGUGGAUGCCAACAGCGGCCUCGUCACCAAACUGAAAUCCAAGGUGGCCACGCUGUGCAAGGGCUCGGAUCUGAAAUCAAUCCGCUGCAUCAUCCACCCGGAGUCCGUCUGUGCCCAAAAGCUAAAGAUGGACCACGUCAUGGACGUGGUGGUGGACUCGGUGAACUGGGUCUGCUCCCGGGGGCUGAACCAUGGCGAGUUCACUACGCUGCUCUACGAGCUGGACAGCCAGUACGGCAGCCUCCUCUACCACACCGGCAUUAAGUGGCUCAGCCGCGGGCUGGUGCUCAAGAGGUUCUUUGAGUCUCUGGAGGAAAUCGACUCUUUCAUGUCCUCCCGAGGGAAGCCGGUGCCCCAGCUGAGCUCCAAAGACUGGAUCCGGGACCUGGCCUUCCUGGUGGACGUGACCAUGCACCUGAACACCCUGAAUGUCUCCCUCCAGGGCCAUUCGCAAGUCGUCACGCAGAUGUACGAUCUACUGCGCGCCUUCCUGGCCAAGCUGUGCCUCUGGGAAACGCACCUGGCCAGGAACAACCUGGCCCACUUCCCCACACUGAAGUCGGUGGCCAGACACCAAGGCGACGGCCUCAACUACGUCCCCAGGAUCGCGGAGCUGAAGACGGAGUUCCAGAAACGACUGUCCGACUUCGAGUGCUACGAGAGCGAGCUGAGGCUCUUCAGCGCCCCGUUCUCCACCGGGAUUGAGAGCGUGCGCGAGGAGCUGCAGCUGGAGGUGAUCGACCUGCAGUGCAACUCGGCGCUGAAGGCCAAGUACGACGAGGUGGGCGUCCCCGAAUUCUACAGGCACCUCUGGAGCACCUACCCCAGGUACCGCAGCCACUGCGCCAGGGUCCUCUCCAUGUUCGGCAGCACCUAUGUCUGCGAGCAGCUCUUCUCCAUCAUGAAGCUGAGCAAGACCAAGCACUGCUCCCAGCUGAAGGGCUCGCAGUGGGACCCCGUGCUCCACGUGGCUUCCUGACGAAGGGACAGCUGCUGGCCAGGCCCCACAGCAGGAAGCUUAGGAUGUCCCUGGCCACGGACUGGAAGACGAGGAUAUGAACUAUUAAGCAUUUUGAUUAUUCCAGGUUUUUUUCUUUUCCACUUUGAAAUGGAAGUGUAAUUUGCAGCAUCAUACCUGUUUGUACGGCAUUUUAUGCUUCCCUGUAGUUGAGUAAAAGCCAACCAAGUUUUA